AUGCCGGUAUAUACCGUCUACCACCGUUCCCUCAUCCAAGGCAAACACCGCACCAACCUGGCCGUCAACCUCACAAACCUCCACUGCGAAGUCACAGGCACACCACGGGACGAAGUCAAAGUCAUCUUCAUCCCGCUCGACAGCCAGACUUUCUUCUGGGGUGGCGAGCCACGCGAAGGCUACGUGCGCAUCCGAGCGGAGAUCCGCGUGGGCCGGACGGAGGAGCAGAAGGGCGAGCUCUUGAAGGGCAUGACUUUGAUCGGCAACGCCGCGCAUUGGUCUCCCGCGCUGCAGCAGAUCCAGACGCAGAUCGUCGAGAUUGAUGAUCGCGAGACUGUCAUGACGAAUGGUGUUAUGAAUGUCUAA